AACACACUAGCCGAUUUCCCCGCUAUCUACAAACCUAGAGCUCUUGCUUGAUGCCCGCCUUCCCCACGCUCCCCGCCAACCUCCCCACGCUCGUUGCAAAAGCGUACGCAGCGGCGCUCGCAGCCGGCGACGUAAUCUUCACCUCGUCCGCGGCGACCCGCGACCUGCGCAUCAACGAUGUCGUCUACCGCGCGCGCUUCUGUCCCUCGCUGCAACACAAACCCACUCCCACUCCCCAAACCUUCUCCUCAUCCUCGUCUCAGCCGAAGGCGAAGGCGAACCCGUUCCUCCCGCCACAGCGCGGCCUCCUAAUCGCCAGCAUCCCCGAUUACAACCUGAUCCUGAACCGCUACCCAAUCAUACCGCAGCACUUCCUUUUGUGCACCGCCACGUUCGAGCCACAGACCGAGCCGCUGCGCCCGCAGGAUCUCGCCGCGGUCUACGCCGUGCUACGGACUUGGGAGGACGUGUCCACAGGCGAGCGCUUGUACGGCUUCUUCAAUAGCGGGCCCGACAGCGGCGCGAGCCAGCCGCAUAGACACGUGCAGUUCUUCCCCGUUCCGGCGGAGCGCGGGAAGUUGCCGUUUGAUCGAAGCGCCGCGGGGGACGAGGGUCAGGAGGGGGAGGGGGAUGGAGAGGCGUGGUCCCACCCGCGGCUUCCGUUCUUGACUUUUUGCAUCCGCUACCCGAAGGCCGUGGGCGUGCCGGAGGUGGUGGAGGCGUACGAGACGCUGCUCCGGAGGUGCGAGGAGGCGCGGGGGAAGGGGUGUAGUUACAACAUGGGGAUCACGCGGGAGUGGAUCGCGCUUGCGCCGCGGAUAUCGGAAGACGGAGGACGGGAGGGGGUGGGGAUCAACGGCACUGUGCUUGCCGGUGAGGUGAUGGUCAAGCGCGACGAGGAUUGGGAGUUCUUUACGGAGCGCGGAGGAUUAGAGGGGGUUUUGAAAGGCAUCGGGAUUGUAGCUGAUGCUCGAAUAUGAGCGUACGCAGGUGGGAGUUACAAAGUGUAAGUUUCGCUCGCGGAAUAGGCUUUAGCAAACGGUUAAGUUCCUACGUAUACCGGAAACAACACGCUAUUAUGACCGAGUUGUCCAAGGCGGGGGGCCUUGGCUACUAGGAAGUCGGUGGAAACGACCUGGAAGGACUCGAUGUAUACAGCGUUUGUAUGUUAGAUUAGUGGUAGAAUAUCUAGAUACUUAUGGGGAUGUUAUCCGCUACAUCUAGGGGAGU